AUGACUAACUCAACAUCGUCAUUGUAUGAGUCAUGUGUGCACCAGUUGAGUCGUCUGACGUCGUCCUCCCGGUUAAUGGCAUAUGACGAUGAGGUACCGCUAGUUCUCUGGGAAGAUGAGCUCGGUCGACUCCGGAUCUGGGCAGAGGAGGCACAGUUGCCAUCUCUGGAGAACCGGUUGCGUGAUACCUUUUAUAUUCGCGAGCAGCUCUUCCGCAUCCUACAUCGACUGCAACGAGCUCUUACCGAUAUGCAGGAUGUCUUAGAUGAUACGGCUGAGGAGGUCAUGUCUGAUGCGGAUACCGAUGAGGAUGAGGAUGAUGGUGAUGGGACCGAGAUGCAAAUGAUUUAUCAUUCUCUAUGCGAUACAAUCAACUGCUUGUUCAAGAUAACCAUGGUCAUUCUCCAGCCUGUACAUCACCCACUGGUGUCUGGCAAGGUUAUCGGGCCAGGAUAUGCUCCAUCUGAGGAGACUCAGUCCGCGGUGGAGAAGAUGGGUGCGGUUUUAAGCCUUGAUUUCCUAAACCGCUAUUGUAUGAUGGAUCCGGAGGUUGAAUUCUCCAUGCGCCGUCCUGUUGAAGAAUGGGGGAUUUAUAAUAUGCCGCACUUUCGUGAAAAGUGGGGAGAUCAUGCCGAUACACUCUCCCUCUAUCUUGGCGGCAUUAGGCACGUGCUGCAUUUCCAAUCAUCCUCCAUAAGGAAUGGAGUCCUAGAUAUCAAGCAGUUGAGACAACACGCGAUGGAAGUAGCACAAGCCGCCAGCCCCGAUUGCAUAAAGCUCUUCCACAGGGGCAAGCUGUUGGAAGAUAACUCGCUCUCUUGCCGAGAUGCAGGACUUCAAUCACAGUCAACGAUCUAUUGUGAAGUUCUCGGCGCAGGCGAGAGUCAUGAUACAAGCGACUCCCAAGACAGACGCAGACAGCAUGAGGAGCUGCAUCAAUUCGGCGAAGGCAGGACCCAGACUGGGUCCUUGAACAAAGGCAAAAGUAAAGACAGAACUGGGAAUGCUAGCGUUGACCAGACUGCAUUACCUUCCCCUUCUAGGGCACCGUCCGCCCCUGAUCUCAGACCUUUCAAAACUGCGAAUGAGCAACUGUUGGCCUUAGAGUCACACUUCGAUUGGGUGCUGGAAGUGUGCUACUCAUUCAUCGGAGAUCCUCCGACUGCCAGGGAAGUACGCAACUCAGAACUUGAGAAACUCAAGGAAAUAAUCAUAGAUCAGGUAAUUCUCAAGGCAGAUAACAUCAAGAUCUCUGAGAAUGAUCAAUUUUCGCAGAACCUCCGCUUGGACCUUAUUUGGAAGGCACAGAAAUUGCGGUUCGCCCUUGACCGGCAAGGUAUAUUUUGGAACAGGAAAUGA